AUGGCAGAAAAAGCAACUAAUACAUCGGUGCAAACACCGGGCAAUGAAGAUCCGCAAAAGGAGGGCAUCCGUUGCUUAACCACUCUUGGGCAUUUUGGGUUUGAAUGUUUGCCCACUCAGCUGGUGAACAAAUCGAUCCAGAAAGGAUUCUCUUUCAAUAUUCUCUGUGUGGGAGAAACUGGAAUUGGAAAAUCAACCCUGAUCAAUACACUGUUCAAUACAAAUCUGAAAGAGAACAAGUCCUCUCAUUUCUACUCGAAGGUUGGACUGAAGGUGAAGACAUACGAACUUCUGGAAAGAAAUAUUCCACUGAAAUUGACUGUUGUGAAGACAGUUGGGUAUGGUGAUCAGAUAAACAAGGAAGCCAGCUACCAGCCAGUCGUUGACUACCUGGACGCUCAGUUUGAGGCGUACCUCCAGGAGGAGCUGAAGAUCAAGCGCUCCUUAGCUGACUACCACGAUUCUCGCAUCCACGUCUGCCUUUACUUCAUUGCCCCUACAGGACACUCCCUCAAGUCCCUGGACCUGCUAACAAUGAAGAACAUUGACAGAAGGGUGAACAUCAUACCCCUGAUUGCCAAAGCCGACUCGCUUUCCAAGAACGACCUACAGCGGUUCAAGAACAACAUAAUGAGCGAAUUGAACAGCAACGGCGUCCAGAUAUAUCAGUUUACGGCCGACGACGAAGCUACUGCUCAAGCAAACAACUCGGGGCUGUUACCCUUUGCUGUCGUAGGAAGUAUGGAGGAGGUCAAGGUUGGCAAAAGAAUGGUCAGAGGCCGCCAUUACCCUUGGGGCGUUUUGCAAGUGGAAAAUGAAAACCACUGUGACUUUGUGAAGCUCCGGGAUUUGCUUCUGUGCACUAAUAUGGAAGAUCUGAAAGAUCAGACCCACUUUCAGCAUUAUGAAUGUUACAGGAGCAGCAGGCUGCAGAAGUUGGGCUUCAGUGAUUUGGGCCCAGAUAACCAGCCAGUGAGUUUUCAAGAGAUGUACGAAGCCAAGAGACAAGAGUUCCACAAUCAGUGUCAGAGGGAGGAGGAAGAACUCAAGCAGACGUUUAUGCAGCGUGUCAAGGAGAAGGAGCUGACCUUUAAGGAUGCGGAAAAGGAGCUGCAGGACAAGUUCGAGCACCUGAAAAGAAUCCAGCAGGAGGAGAUCCUGAAGCUGGAGGAAGAGAGGAGAAAGCUCGAAGAACAAAUCAUAGAUUUUUAUAAGAUGAAGGCCGCCUCCGAGUCAGCACAGGCUCAGGUGUGCACCAAUCUAAAGAAGGACAAAGACCGUAAGAAGUGA